GUUUUAGUUUCUUAUUGUACUAUCUCAUAUGUUACUGACGUACCGGCAGGCUACCGAGGCUACGUUAACAGCCACCCGCUUCACAGCAGCCGUCAGCCGCUAGAUGGGCGGCUGUAGAGGUUCCUUUACAUCAGUGCAGUUGUAGGGGGGUUGUUUACUUGUUGUGCUGUGGUGCAUGCAGGGGCGUAGCGCUUUCCGUUUUCGUUUUUGUAAAAUAAUGCGGCUGGACUGAACGCGUCCCUCGAUAUCGAAACGAACGAACGAUGGACAAGCUGAAGAGAGCGCUGAGCGGCGGCGAGGAGCGUGGCGACGAAGAGCAAGGCAUCGUGACUCAGAUCGUGGACACCACUAGUCUGAGCUGGUCAACGCGGGUGAAGGGGUUCGCCAUCUGUUUCGUUCUGGGCUUCGUCUUUUCGCUGGUGGGCUCUGUAUUCAUGGCGUUCCCGGGCGGACUGAGGAUGUUCGGCGUGUUCUACACCUUGGGAAACCUGACAGCGCUAGGCAGCACGCUGUUUCUCAUGGGGCCCGCCAACCAAGUCAAGAAGAUGUUCGCGCCCACGCGGGCCAUCGCCACCUGCGUCAUGUUGGCAUGCCUGGUUCUCACACUCAUGGCGGCAUUUUGGUGGAAAAAUGCAUUGCUGACGAUCAUCUUCUGCAUAAUCCAGUUUAUAGCCAUGACGUGGUACUCCCUGUCAUACAUCCCGUUUGCUCGGGAUGCUGUCAAGAAGUGCUUCCAAUCGUGUAUCAGCUGAACUAACGGGUGUCAAGUUGUGCCUUUCCUCUCAAGUUGUCACACAUCCCUUGGGUUGUUGUUGUUUUGUGGAGUUGUUUGUGCACAUUACCACAGUCAUGAUUGCAGAGACUUAUUUUUGAUAUGUAACUGUUGUAUUUCAGCCAGGAUCACAGGGACUGUUGAAUUUUCAGCCAGGAACGGAAAGACUCGUGUACUAUUUCAAUCAGGAAUAAGUGUGUUGUGUGUUCAGAGAAUAAAUUUAUUGUUGUGUGUGCCUACGUGGUGAUAAAAA